UCGGUGUUUUUUCGGGGCUUUAUCCGGUGGACGCUGUACAACAGUGAUGACAUUAUCUAAUGAACUUUGAGUUCAGGAAAAAAGGUGACUAAAACUUUCAGAUGGGAAAGAGGACUUUCGGAGGUCGUGGGGAAGGAUGUGGGUGUGGUAUCGGCUGCGGAUGUGGAUGCUGCGGCAAUUCUGCUUUGUGUAAAUUGUGUCUUGUAUUGUUCAACACUAUUUUCCUGAUUUCUGCCGCCGCAUUUGUCGGUAUAGGAAUAUGGGUCAAGGUCGAGAAAAGAUUCGUCAGUUUACAAGAUCUUGUGGAUCAUGGCCUCGGUGACAGCACACUGACAAAUGCAGGAUUGGCUCUGAUAGGGUUCGGACUUUUUGUUGUUGUUGUCAGUGCAUUUGGUUGUCUGGCGGUCUACCGUGGAAGUAAAUGUUUGAUAUUUUUGUACGUAAUAUGUCUGCUGGUUAUAUUUGGAUGUUGUGUGGCAGCAGCUGUUGUGUACGGGAAAUUUAAAGGGGAGAUUGAUGAUUCCUUCUCAAAUUCACUCAAAAAGACCAUCAAGACCUAUAAAGAAGGGAGUGAUAAUGCUGAUGAUUGGGAUAACGUUCAGACCUGGCUCAAAUGCUGUGGAUCAAAGGGUCCGAAAGACUAUACGGAAGUGAAAUUCAAUGAGCCGUACAUGUUUGUCCCGACCACUUGUUGCGUUUUGACAAACACGGACGCCGACCACCCGACACCACAAAAUGGUACACAGUGUCAGAUGGACGCUCGCAUGUACAUCGAUGGAAAUAUUACAUCUUCUCAUGUUCUUGAAACAACUGGAUGUUUUACCAGCCUACAGGACAUUAUUUAUGCCAACGUCGCCACUAUAAUUGGUGUUGGAGUUACAAUUGCUGUCCUACAGAUUGUGACAUUUUUCCUGGCAAUUGGUAUGUGUAUGGACCCCGAAAACAAGUACCGGAAUAUGACAUAAACUAUAAAUUUAUAUGGAAGGACAACUUACAUUCGCUACAUUAUGGGAGAUAAUAAUUGAGAAAAAAAUUCUCUUGUAUUUUAAAGUGACAUUAUGCUCAUAUUUUCAUUGUCAAGUUGAGCUGAAUUGACUUUAUAUUUCAAAAGAUUGACUGGUUAAAUGACUUUUGACCAACAGAUUAUAUUGGAAAAUGUUUAGGAUAAAAUUUAAAAUCUGAAAAAAAUACAAAAA